GAACACAUCUACGUUCCUUCCCAUGAAGUGCUUGUGGCCAAGGCAUCUUCCAUUCCUCAUCCUACUCUACCUCAAGUUGACCUCGCAGUUUCAGAGGUCCCUGAUGUCCUUGUUCCUCCAUCGACAUCAACAGAUCCUACUGUUCUCGAUGAUAAUAUUUUAGUUGAUAUAGAAGUUCUCCUCAAGGGAAAUGCGGUGGCUUAA